AUGUCUCGAAUACCGGCCGUGCAUUUCACAAAAAAUUCAGGAGCUAGACAUACAGGCACUGUUAUAUUUUUUCAUGGAUCAGGUGGAACUGGAGAUCUAAUGAAGCAGUGGGUUGACUUACUAGUGAAAAAUUUUUCUUUCCCUCAAAUAAAAGUUUUGUACCCCACAGCUCCAUUACAGCCAUAUACACCUGCGGGUGGACAAAUGAGCAAUGUAUGGUUUGAUCGACGUGAUAUAACUCCUAAAGUUCCUGAAGUAAUUAGCUCUUUAGAACAAAUUGAAUCUGAUGUAAGAAAUCUCAUUAACAAAGAAGUGACAUCAGGUAUACCCGUUAAUAGGAUAAUUGUAGGUGGAUUUUCAAUGGGCGGAGCAUUAGCACUUCAUACAGCUUACCGAUGGGAGACUAAACUUGCAGCCACAUUUGCAUUUAGUUCCUUCUUAAACGAAAAUUCUGUUGUGUAUGAAGAAUUUAAAAAUGCAGCAAAUGUUCCCCCAUUACUUCAAAUUCACGGAAAUGCCGACGACUUAGUUGAUAUAAAGUGGGGUGAAACAACUUUCAAAGAAUUGAAAUCACUAGGUGUGGAGGGUGAAUUUCAUACAAUGGAGAGGCUGGGACAUUCCCUCAACAAAAGAGGUUUACUAUUAAUACAAUCAUGGAUAAACAAAUAUUUACCUGAAUUAUAG